CACAACAUACCGGUGUUUUCAUUCAUGUAUAAUCGUGUAGCGUACCAUGUAACUGGAUCGUCAUCAGUUUACGCGAACUAAGAGCUUAACAUUAAUCGUUAAAUAUGUCAACUGAUUUGGAAAAAUACCUUCUGGCGUUGAAGGGUUAUAUCGACACUCAGCACAGCAUACGGGCCAAGGAUUGCGUUGCAUCCAUAACCGAUUUGAUAACGGCCAGAGAUACGCAAACUUCUGCUGAGGCUGAGUAUUCGUUGGAUAUUAUCUUCAACUCACCAAAUGGUUUACUGACAUUCCUCCAACGUUCUCUGAAAUCCACCGGUAAGUUCCAGAAGGCAAACGAAGAAAUCUUCGACUUGUUGAGAAAACUAAUACAACAGCAUCAUAAGUUGGUGAGAAAAUCUUCGGAAACAAUUCUGCGUCAAUGCGUCCACUUUGUCCAAUCAUCGUCGGUGAGCGCCCGCGAGCGUGAACUUGCCACCGCCGUCAUGCAGGAUUUGGUUGUGUAUAAAUGUCUGGACGAGGACUGUGACAUGAGUCAGCUGCUGGGGGAUUUAUUGGUGGUUUUCGACCAGCGCAAGAUAACGAAUCGGUUCCAACAGAUCCUGUUCGAGCUGAUUGGUUUACUGGCGAAGGACUACCCGGAAUGUGUUUCGGAGGAAAGGCAAAACAAAAUUUUGUACAUCCUAAUGAGUGUGGCUGAAGGACAGCUUCUGGAGGAGAGCUAUCCAUCGCUCAUUUCACUGGCAGGAGCAUUGCGGGGUUUGAAUUAUUUUCUGGUGAAUUUUGCGCCCACUCAAGUGGAAGGAGAAGAGUUUUAUCGGAAGAUAUAUAUGCUGGUUAAGAAGCUUUCGGAUUGUGAUGAAGCCGUUCGGGACCGACAGGCCUUCAGAAAUGCCCUUCAAUUGUUCGACAAACACUGUGCGCUGUUUUCGAGCUUUCUUUACGCCGACCACCAGUAUUGGCAACAAAUUCUUACGACAAAGUGGAUUCGCUCCGGUGUUGAGGAUCGCAAAGUUGGAAUGUACGCCUUACAUUCGCUGCAUCGAGAGCUAGCCCGGGAGAUACUUAAGCGAGAAAACCAACAAGCACUAUCCUCAGACGAUAACACGGAAAGUCGCAUAGUGAUGCUUAAUUAUUAUAUGAAAUAUUUCAAAACGGUACUGCUAGCGCCCGACUCGAAGCCUUUCGAGGUACGGAUUGCGAUUCGGGGGUUUGGCUCAAUGUCGGAGGCUUGCGGGCGGCUGAUGUCGGAGCAGUACAUGAACGAACUUUUGCUGCUUGUGAUGCAAAGAACCGAAUAUGUUUAUUUGAUGGAGGACAAAUCUAGGGAUUUGCUGGAACAUCUCCCAGACUUUGUGCAAGCUCUAUCAGAUAUUAUGAGUCACGUACGGGAACUGACAGGCGUGCAGCUCGCAUCUCUGCAAAACAUUAUCAUUGGAUUGUUUAAAGACUUUCAUUAUCUUAGCAGCAUACAUCACGAAUUAAUAAUAAGCUCAUUGAUGAAAACGUUUGAUAAUCUAAGAAAGCUUGGAGGCAGAGUUUUGGAUACACUCUUGGACAAGGUUGUGUUCAGAGGGCUUAUAUGGACAUGUUCACAUACAUUAGUGUUCGAUGCGAAUCAGGAUGCGAAUGCCGACGAGCAAUCCAAUUGGAAAGACUACAUCACCUAUAAGCAUUAUCUUCCGCUGUGGAGAGGCUUGCUAUCGCAAGGAGUGGGUUAUAGCUUUGACCGUGGCCCACUUAUUAAGGAUAUAUAUAACCAGCUGUUCAAAAGUUUGUUUCUUAUCCUAGAUAAGCUGGACUUGAGCACACGAAAGCGUACAUUAACUAAUGAUACCGGAGAGGAACGAGAGCUAUUUCUUUGUGAUCCAAAUCUUGAUCUAACACCUGUUAAACCAAAGGACUUCCAUAUAUUCUUCAACCUAGUUGAUUUCUAUCAGGAUUUGUUUCGCUAUAAUAAAGCCACUAGGGAGAAUUUUGUCGAUUGGAUUUCUACGUAUUUCGAUUACAUGGUGAAAAAAUCAAUCAAGCACCCCCUAAUAAGCGGUUUUGUGAAGAUGAUCGAGUUAGGAAUGAUCACGGCCAAUCAUUUACAAUAUUUCCAGAUUGAGGAAUCGUAUGUAAAAAUGGCUACAAUAAACCUUCUGGUAUAUUUCCUCGAGCUGCAGAUUGCGAAAGCGCGCAAUUCAACCGGCGAACUGCAGCACACUUGCCUUCGGUUCGUUCUGAAUGCUCCUGUCACUCUUCUAGGAAACUUUCUUGAAGACUCCGAGGAGUUGAUCGAAAUUCUGCGGAUAUCUUUCCGACUGGGAAAAGGAAUUCUCGGCUUAGCUCACACAGCAUUAUCCUGUGUGCAGCGUAUCAUUGUUUACAAUUCCCCCAUAUCCGAGGAGAAUCGUGAGAAGGUUCUCACUCAUAUUCUUCCCUUGCUCGAUGGUUACCUUCAAACGCGAGACGCAAACCAACCUUCCCCUAUCAAUGCCCGUUUGGCCACUUUCCAACGGAAGCGCAGCGUAAAUCUGACGAGCAGUAAAAUCGAAAAAAUCAAACUUCAACAUGCCCUCGAGUGUAGCGACAGCGAGCUGGUCAAAUUCCAGCGCAGAAUAUUACUGUUUCUGGGUGAGCUAGAACCGAAUAUGUGCACUAGAAUGAUUCAACAUGAUACGGACGACACAGAGGAAGCCGAACGAACGCUGGUGAUGUGGGAUUUGGAUUCCAGCUGUAAUAUUUCUCUGCAACUGUUGAACCGUGUGGGAAUCCGACCGAUUAUCAAACUAGAAACGAUUAUUGCACGUGUGUGCACACUGGCUGUAAGUUCUAUCGACCGGAAGACGAAGGUGGCCGCGUGCGAGCUGCUCCAUGCGCUGAUACUUUACAUCAUUGGAAUACAGUAUCAGGACAAGAUGACCAAGCUGUGGACCGAGCUCUGCAAUCACUUGUUGCAACUCAGCACCGAUACCGACAUCGCCGUUUGCCAAAUGUUCGAACCGCUCAUCUUUCAGAUCAUCCACUACCUAACCCAACCUUCGAAGAUCAACUCGAAGGGCACCGAAGUGCUGGUGGGUUGUCUUAUGAAUGCCAUAUCCCAUCCCACUGACACCGCAAUCCGGGAUCUGGCCUCACGCUGUAUUCGUGAGUAUUUACUGUGGACCAUCAAGCAGACAGCAACGUCAAGUGGACACCCGAGUGGUACAUCGUCUUCGUCUGGCGUCAAUAUGACAUUGAUACUGGAGAAACUGCGCACGUAUAGUUUGGAUUCGUGCUCGAGUCGGCGCAAGGGAGCUGCACUAGCCUUCAACAACAUCUACCGAAUUCUGCGCGAGGAAGAAACGCACAUCGAGCGAAGCUGUUUCGAAUUGUUCUAUGUGUUCUGUGUUAAUUUUGUUAUGACCGAGGAUUUUGACGGCUCGGUGGCCAGUUUGGAACAGGUUUCCGCUUCGAUCGAUCAUUUGACGCGGGUGCUGAUCGUGCGGAAGGAUAUGUUCAAUCGAUCGAGCGAAAACAGAGCGGUACCGAGUGUGCUUCGUGGGGGAACAUUGGGUGACUUGGUGUUCUGGUUGUUUGGACAGUGCAGCUCGCGUGAGACCAGCUACCGUCACAAGUGUAUGGAAAUUUUCCCGAAGCUGGCGGCCUCCGUCGAUGGUUGUCGUUCGGUUAGAGAUUUCGUGGGAAAAUUUUUGAGUGACUCGGCUAUGCGCGAUAUAUGCGAUCAUGCCGAUGUGGCCUGCGGAAUACGACAUGCUCCGGAUUUUCAGUUCAUCGCGAAUGGGAAUUUACCCAUGAUCACAAACAUUUAUCUUUGGUUGGAAUACUUUAUCUCCAGUAUUGAUAUGUACUAUUGGCUUUUGAGUAGCUCGUUGGUUCAGAAUCCUGAACUUUUCCUGCAACAGUCCAAUAUUUUCGAUUGUAUUUUAUUUUUUCUGUGUUCUGUGCGGAAUGCCGCGAUGUUUGAUCUCAUGACUCUAGUGCGUCCGGAUUUUGUCGAUGCGAGCCAUACAAGUAUCGAGUGGCGGGUGUGCACUGACAAAAUUAUCAAAUACAAUCUCUUGAAGUGUUUCAUCAUAGUGCGAAUAAUUGACCUAUUGCGUCUGGUGUUGCCGCAGAGGAGCUGUCGAGCUAUUCGUCAAAGUUUCUGGGGUUCCAAGGAAUUGCCAAUGUUUCUGGUGGAUCUGAUAUUCCAGCCUCAGCGAAUGGGAUUCGAUUUCAAAUCCUGCAUGGAAACGAUUGCAAUGCUGCCCAAAAACGUUGAUGAGUUCUUGGAGAAGAUUGAACGGUUUGACAACUUGCACUUCAAAGAGACCGUUUAUCAACAGAUUUCCCAGAAGCUUGGAGACGUGUUAAAAGAUUUGUCGGAUCGGUUGGAGGAACUGAUGAAGGCGGAAAUUAUUGGCUUGGAGGACAGCAAUUUCGUGAAAGGCGUACUGAUGAUUGCGAAACGAUAUGAUGCACUUUACAAACAAUACUUCAGCCCACGAACGAAAGUGUUUCUUGAGGUAGUGUCCGCGAAAAUUCUGCAAGAUGUGUUCGAUGGAUUGAAGGAAAAGCGUUUGGACGAUUGGUACUCAGUCAAUCUUACGCCAUCCGUUAAAAAAUUUGCAUCGGUUGUAUUGCGUAUUGCUUUUAUAUUCAAGUCGACGGAAGGGAUGGGAGUGUUAAUGGAACUGCUACUGAAUGACAGAAAAUUGAAACCUUUCCAACAAUCUCACAACAGCUAUAUUUUCCACGGGGAGCAUUUCGUUACAACCUUUGAUGAAACUGUAUUCGAAUACGUUCUGGAACAGCUUCCUACAAGCAUGGAGAAAAUAAUAAGCCAUCUGAAUGACACAAAUUUUCCCCUCAUUGUGACACUAUUGUGCAGUUUCUUGGAAUUCAGCUACCAGAGGAAACGUUCCUCUAUCGCCAUACUGAAAACAGUUACCGAAUAUCUCCUAAAAAGCUGGGAGGUUCUAUUCAACAAGUCUCGUUCAGCGGAGAAUAAUUUUGGAGCGACGGAUCUACGCCUUAUCGGGUUGAUGUCCAACGUUGCUAUGAUUAGUCCCAUUGCGCUUGUUCAGAUAGGGAAAAAAGCGGUCGGUUUCCGAGAGUGGCUACUAGAUCUGAUUGUAAGUCCAACCAAUACAUUGGAUCUCAAGUCGAAGGCUUUGUUCCUAUUACCGACUCUGGUUGGCGAGACGGACUUUGAAUCUGUGGCAGUUACGGAAGGCUUACAACGACUACAGAAUAAACAUUUCCCAUUGCGGUCAUCAGAGUUUAUUCCAGGUAGCGUUGCGAGGAUAAGUUUUGAAAAUUGUAUUGUUGCAUUACUGGAAGCUAUGGUAGUAUCCAGAUCCCCAGUGAUUUUGAAAGCAGUGAUCAACGCUACGGCUGCUGACACGGAUCAUAUAGCUGAACGUAGAAUUUGUAGCGCUCUAGAGGACUAUAUGAAAGCUCAGAAUAGCAACCAACAGUGCUACAAUCUAAAACAAAUUUUCUCGACUUUUAGUGAUGAAUCAUUAGAACCAAGCGUUCGAUUGACUGUUCUACGGCGAUUUCUGACCAUUGCUCUACCAAAGUGUAGUAUAGAAUCCAUCUUGACGUUUUAUAAACUGAACAUUAAAAAAAUUAACGAAAUGGUACGUUGUAAUUACGGCCAGCUAGGCUCUGGCUGGGAGGCGGAGCAAGCAUUGGUGAAUCGGUUGGGGGGAUUCCAGUUGAUCGAACUCUAUGUAGCUGUUGUGCCGCGAGAUAUCAUACUGACAGAUGACUGCAUGGUUGCUAAAGCGUUGUAUGGUGAGAGUGGGAGAACACCCGGAAAUAAAUUGAUCACUGACUUCACAAAGAAGGCAUACGGCUCACGAUCGGAAGUUUUCCUAACGCCUGAUACACCGACAGCGGAACUGUUCAGAAAAUACCAAUGUGCUGCCUACCGUGCACUUGCAGCAAUAAUUUGCAACACAAAAGAUGACCUUCAACUGUACAAUGUUUUGCUGUUUCGUGAAAAUUCCGAUAAAAAUGAACUGAUCUGGAAAAAGUUGAUCAACUGCUCAGAUGAUCAUUUAUACGAAGAUUUCAGCCAAGAACUGGAAGAAUAUCCGAAGAUCAAGGACAGAAUAGUGUCGAUACGUCGAAUAGGUUCUGUUUCCAUGCUAUCGUCUGCAAAUCGUUUUAAGUACAUACAAAUGACAAGCGUAUUCGAAUCUUCACUGAGCCAAGAUGUUACCAAGUUGGAUUUGAACUUUUCUCUCGUGCGAAGUACUCAGGAAGUGGCUGCAAAGGAAGUCGAGGAGUUCACUAGUCGGCAACAGCAGUCUUCUAUAGCACUGGAGCGAUCCAAGAUCAACGAUCAUGAAGUUAUGGCAACAGUUUGUGCUGUCAUCCAGCACAUGCAUGAGAACAAGAUAACGCCGGUUCCGGUAGGCGAUCGGAUUGUGCCUCCACCUUGGAUCAAGUUUCUAUCAAUUUCCAUUCGCGAUCAACAACAGCACAAAAAUGUUCGGCUGUUUCUUGUUAAAGUCAUAGACAACUGUCGUAUCUGGCUAAGGCCUUAUGCAGCUUCUUUGAUUCCACCGAUGAUGCAGAUCAUCGUUGAUGAAUGCAUCGCUUCCCGGUUGAACACAUUUAUAACGGAUCUGAUCGCGCUGAUACUGGAGUGGGGUGAUGCAUAUCAGCCCACAAGCUGCGACGAGGUUAGCCUAGCGAGUGGAAUGCUGAUGUUUCUUAUGCGAAAUUGCUUUCACACGAGACGGGAAGUUUUUCGGUUAAAUUUGGAGUUGGUCAAAGCUUUGAUCGAACAAUGGAAAGCGGUUAUUGGGGUACCAGUGCAGCUACUGUACGAUAUGAUAGGACCCGCGCAAGAUCCUGAGUCCAUGCAGAAUAUUUGCGGGCUGCAGCUGAAUGCCAUAGUGAUGGCCAAUGGUUUAGUUCCAUGGACAGAAACGACGAAAUUCGACUUCGUGCGAGCAAUUUUCCGUUGUUUGGAUUCGGAGCGGACCGCCGUUUAUCGGCCAGCAUCCGAAUUACUGGGCAUGUGUCUAAGCAAUCUCUACCCAGCUGGAGAGGAGCGUGAAGACGAUAGGUAUCAGAGCGAGUUUCUUGCCAAGCUUAACGCGUUACGCAAGAAAAAUGACAAAAAGUUCAUGGAUAUUACAUUCGGAAUCCACAAGGCGUUCCCCUCGAUUGUCGACGCUUUCCUGCCGAUUAUUACACAUGCUAUCCCAGGUUCUACCGGACCGUCGAAGAAGAUAUAUUUGGAAAUGCUGCUUUCUCGGGUGGAAUCCUAUAAAGAACAGGUUCACCGAGAACUAAUUUCUCUGGAUUUAAAAGGGAUGCUCAGAGACCACAGCUACCAGUUACUAGCAUUGCAUCUGAUAAACAAAUCACUAUCAUUAAUGUCAGCUAGCAAUAUAGAAGGUCUUAUCGAUAGCAUAAUUUCGCUGUCCAGUAACGAGCGCACCGUUAUUCGUGAGAUCGUUUAUGAAAUCUUGAUUUUCAUUCACGAAAACUUUAACCCAGAGCUUACCGAUACCUCCAGACAAAAGUUGUUCAAAGCCCUCCUGAUGGGCUUCAAUGACUCGAGCCAGGCAAUCGAAGCACGCAUUUUUGAGUUUUGGACCGCUGAGUCACGUUUUCCAACCGAGAUCGACGCCCGAUUCCAGCGAAUUCUCGCCGAUUUAUACGAUCCAUCACAAGAGCUGAAUUUCCUCGGCUAUGCCACCCAAAUCCUUCUGGACACUGCCGUGAAGAAUCCCGAAUCUAAGCGCAGAAUUUUCCAACAUGAGUACGAAGCGGACGUUAAACUGAGAGAAUACACCAUUGAUACCCGUUGGCAGCAACGGCACUCCAUGGCGUCAGCGCCACUCUUCGUGGAAUCCCAACAACGGUUCCUCGUGGCGGGUAAUGGUUCGCAAGUUGAGCGAUUGAUCAAAGCAACCCAGUUUGGGGAUGGCGGGAAUGUGUUCGAACCGACACAGGAUCCAUCUGUUAUGACCCAAACUGUGAACAAUUUCACUCUUCCUACGCAGAACUCACUACUGUUCGAUAUAAAUCCACCAAUUCUUGAUCGUCGUUCUCGGAGAACAAUGAUGCCACCACCACCGGCCCAACCCACUAAACCUUACGACCGUCUACGAAAGCGUAUUAUAAAGGAUAAGGAAAGAACAUCACGCGAGCAAGCUCAGAGGGCGAUUGAACGACACAGCUACGAAACUGUUCGAAAAACAGAGGUUUUCAAAAAGAAACACGGCGAAGUGACGCUCUACCGUCGCUAUCGAAUUGGGGAUUUCCCAGAUCUUCUAAUUAAUAGCAAUGCAUUAUUGAUGCCGCUCCUGGCGCUUUGCAAACGCGAUGCGCCGUUGGCCCGACAAGUUUUCGUUGCUAUUUUCGCAGGCAUUCUAGAGGAAUGGGAACAGAACGAUUCUAGGGAAUCGAUCCUCGCGAUCAAUGCUGCUAUUCAACGAAUCUUCACCCAAAGCAAUAUCUGUGAUCCAAACCUUUUUGGGGCGUUGAUCGAGGUGGCUAUGUUGCGACCACGUGUCUUCGACCUCUCAGCUGACAGCGUCACUACAAUAGCAUGUGGAGCCAACAUGAUGACAUUGGGGGUACUCUAUCUCGAGAACAAACUCCACGAGUACGAAUUCCCGGACGGUUCGAUUGUGUCUCACUCUUCAUUUUUGUCACUAGAAGCACUGCACUGGAUUAAGUUGGCCGAGCUGUAUCAUGUUCUGAACGAGUACGACGUACUGGCAGAUGUUUUCUCCGACAAAAUGGACAGCGAUCCUAGGCUGAAGCAAGCCAUCGAACUGGAGAGCAACGGAAACUUCUACAAAGCUCGAGAGCUGUAUCAUCGGCUCAUUCGAGAGAAUCAAACGCGAUUGGCGGAGCAAAAUUUUUGUUUCCAAUCCUACUACAAUUGCUACGCCCAAAUGGGUAUGUGGGAAGAGCUGAUCCCCAUCCUGGAACAGCAGGUUGAUGUAAGUUCGGAAGAACUUUGGACCGAUGAGUGGAACAUAGAGAACAUCCUGCCGAAAUAUGUUCACGCGAAUACACGGUUGAAUCUAGCCGGUGAUGAACGCGGACGUGGUUUCAUUAUUAUGCUUGAAGCGUGGAUGCGGGUACCGGAACGAAUGGAACACAUCAAGGUUAAUUUUGGAGAAGAUAUCGCUAUGUUACAAAUGGCCAAUGGUGAAUAUUCGAGAGCUAAAUUGUACUCCGAUCAAGUGCUGCGACAGUUCCUAGAUGAGUGGAGCUACCUGGAUGUAUUGUCGGAUAAGCUCCGCAUCCGGAAACUGAUGGACAUACGCAAGAUGGCCGAGGUUCACAUGUAUGGUCAUCUGCUGAGCAAUCGCCUAGAAGAGACGCAGUUGAAGAAAUUGGUUGCCAACUGGCAACAUUCGUUUCCAAGCGCUUCGGAUUCUCCCAUAAUUUGGGAUACACUCUUGGGACACAGAAAAUUUGUACUCAAUAAGUUGGAAACGAUGCUCGAAUCCUGCGCGGAUGACAAUCUUCUACGAACAGACUUCGUGAGGGAGCUAACCGAUGCCGUCUUCGAAACAGAAUUGCGCCUUUUGGAUGCUUCCUUCGAACAAAACAACCUACGGUUUGCCCGCAGGAUAAUCAAACGAUUAGAUGUGGUUGCGGAAGAGCAAACCGAACGUGGCUAUCGCUGGAGAGUCGCCCAACUGAAAUUGAAACGAUUGAGCGAGUCAGAUACAGUAGGCAAAACGGUGAGUCUACAGCGAAUGAUUGGGUAUAUCAGUAGAUUGAAGUCUCUCGUUGAGGAUGAACAUAUUGGACCCUACCGAAAGGUGCAAGUGGAAAGCCUCCACGAGCUGGUUCAAAUGACGGAGUUUACGAGAGGUCUUCUGCAAAAUGUCACCAGAGAUGACUCAUCAGAAUUGCGAAGAAUGCUACUUUUAGACGAACAAGGUACAUUGGAAGAACAAUUAGGCGAUUACUCUAUCAAAUGUCUGCAAAAAACCAUUGAUGUCGCUGGCGAGGGCAUUUUAGAUUCUAGUAGCUCAACAGCAAUCGAGGAUACCACACUAUUAGCAGAAUGCCAUUAUCGAUUGGCCCAGUAUUGUUAUGAUGGGCUCGAGAAAGAACCAAUUGGAGAGACUCUGAACUUCGAGCGACAACUGAUCACAUCGCUUCUAGCAUCGAUGCAGUACGGCUGCAAACCAGCGCGGCAGUUAUUUCCCUGUUUGCUCCAGCUGCCUCACCUUCAGGAUGGCUCACUCCACGAGUGUUUUAUCGAAGCAAGCAGUCCCGUUCCGGAGUGGAUGUUUCUACGAUGGAUUCCACAAAUACUUUCGUAUGUUGACUUUUCGCAGCAAUCAUUUCUGGAGAAACUUUUGCUUCGUAUCGCCGCCAGCUAUCCAAUGGCCCUAUACUAUCCUGCCAAGUUAACCCUCGAAAGCCACUGGAAACGAACCACCGGCCAGAGCAGAGGUGCCCUUGCUGUCAAAUUGAUGGGAAUGCUUGAUAUUCCCAAGUUGGAUCGUUUCGUCGCUGAGCUUUGUCAGGUAGUGAUUCCCAGCAUGAAAGUUACGUCGAUGGUUUCUGCGGUUAGUGUGAAAUUAUCUGGAAAUUCACUUAUCACAACCUCGGAGCAAUAUCGCCAGCUGAUAAUCGAUUCAAUGCAGGGUGUUUUCCCCGAGGCAUCAUCUGAUCUGGGUCGAGAACAUCAGAAGGUAAUGCCCGCCAAGGAGGAGUGGUUGAAACUGCUGGAGUAUGAUUUCCAACAUAAGAAGAAUGAAAUUUGGCAGCGUUUGAAUCAGAUCAGGGAUGACAUGAUGAAAUUGGUUCCAAAGCACAACACUUUGAAUUUGAGCAAGUAUUCGCCAUGGCUGGCAAGGUAUCAUUUCGAUGAACGAGAGGAGAUGCUGGAAUUGCCUGGCCAAUAUAAUGUGGACCAAAAGCCAAAUGUUGUAAACCAUGUGAAGAUUGUUAAAAUUUCCAGUUAUUUGGAAAUGUACGAAUCGCUGAGAAAACCCUUACGCCUUCAAGUAAUUGCAAGCGAUGGCAAAGUGUACGAUUUCCUGGUAAAGUAUGGAGAGGAUUUGCGCCAAGAUCAGCGUAUUCAGCAGUUGCUAAAAACAAUCUCAAACCGUUUGGCGUUGGAUUUGCAUUGUAAAAAUCAUCAGCUCUCAGUGAGAACAUAUGAAGUUGUGCCCAUCAAGCUCGAUUUCGGUAUUAUUGGAUGGAUUCCUAAUACUUCUUCGAUAAGGAAUGUCGCUGUGCGGUCAAUGACACGUUUCAAUCCGGAAGGAAACGUAACGAACACGAUUAAGCGUGAGUUUGAACAAUUCUUGCAGCAAACCGCUGGAGCUGGAGCAGAGAAUCAAAGACUUAUUUACGGAAAAGUUGCUGCAGUGUGUUCCCCUGAAAAGAUUAUGCUGAAAUUUAACGAACUGCGUUACAAAAUCAAAGAGGAUUCUCUGAAGCAUGCAUUGUUUGAAAUGACUGUUUCACCGGAAUCUUUCUACAGUUUGCGCGCAAAUUUCGCAAGAAGCCUAAUGGCUAUGAACAUCUCGUGUUGGAUCCUCGGAAUCGGUGAUCGGCAUACCUCGAAUGUUUUGAUAGAUCGAAGCACGGGCAAGCUGGCUGGGGUGGACUUUGGCAUCGCGUUUGGUGCCGGAACUCGCGAUCAAGCUGUUCCUGAGAUGGUUCCGUUUCGGCUGACGCCUCAGUUCGUCAGUGUGAUGGAGCCAAUGCGAACGUCUGGAUUGAUGCGCAAAUGUCUAAUUUACACGCUUGCAUGCUUGAGAAAUUCAAGCAAACUGUUGAAGUCCUGUCUUGAAGUGUUUGUGCGAGAGCCAACGCUUGAUUGGCUGGAAGCAGCGCGUUAUCGAUUCAAUCCAGAUGAAGACAAGGCGAUAUUAAGGUGGGAUCCCCAAACUCGUAUCAAUAUCGCAGUGAGGAAAUUGAGGGGAGCCAAUCCUAAGAUUUUGAUAGCGGAAGAACUUCGACUUAGUCAAAUUUCGGGAAAUCAAGCGUUUUUGGAGGGUUAUUUUAAAUUGUUGGAGGUGCAAAAGCCUGAUUUGCCGGAAGGCAACUUAACCGCUGCCCAGCAAGUAGAAUGUUUGUUGCAAGCUGCUACGAGCGGAUCUAUUUUGGGCAUCGCUUGGGUUGGCUGGUUUCCUUGGUUUUAGAAGUAUUUUGUCAUUAAUUUGUUAAAUUUUUUCAAUAAAUUACUUGUUGCUUUAUUA